AUGUGGAGCAGCUGGAGUGGAGGGUUCUCCCUUUCCCCAUCUCCCAGCACUGGCAGGGAGCAGCCCAUCUCUGCUCCAGUGCUGAACCAGUCAUUCUCCCCCCACUGUGUGUCCCCCUGGAAGCCACCAGGAGCUGUCCCCAAGCUGGGUGUCCCGGGGUGCUGGUCCCUGCUCCCAGCUCUGGCUGGCUGUGCCAGGGGCUGGGAGGGCAGGCGAGACUCAGGCUGUUUAACCAUUAAACCUGGGACAUCUUGGGAGAGGCGGGGACACUUCCCUGCCACUUCACCCUGUACCUUGCUCCCUCUGGCAAUCCCUGCAGCCAUGAAGCAAACAAAAGGGCUCGAGGGAGACAAGAUGUCCAUCAUAAAAUUUGAAUUUAACCCCAAAGUUGGGAUCGACAACCCAGCCUUGACACUGACUGAGGACACGGAUGGUGAGGGCUUGGGGGAGCCUCGCUUCUACCUCCUGACCAAGGACAGCACAGAGACCUUCGGCUUCUGCCUGCACGAGGAGCUGGGCUGCCAGGGCCACGUCAUCCGGCAGAUUGAGCUGGGGGGGGUGGCCCAGCGCAGGGGGCUGCAGGACGGGGACCGCCUGCUCCAGGUCAAUGGCCACUUCGUGGACCACAUGGACCACCUCAGGGUGGUGCAGAAGAUCAAGGCCAGUGGGAACCAGGUCCUGCUGGCGGUGCUGGAUGGUGACUCCUACGAAGCAGCCAAAUCCCUGGGCAGGGACCUGUCCCAGAUGCUGCCGGAUGACAUCCGCCCGCGCCUCUGCCACGUCACCAGGGACAAAAGCGGCUUUGGCUUCAGCGUGUCGUGUCCAGAAGGCACCAAGGGCACCUUCCAGCUGUCGGUGCUGCAGGACGGGCCAGCAGACAGAGCAGGGGUGCCACCAGGCUGCUGGCUGCUGGAGCUGAACGGGGACAGUGUCAAGAGCUACUCCCACACCCAGCUCACCAGAAAGCUUAAGCAGAGUGGCAACAAGGUGACACUGCUGGUGGCAUCCAGCGCCGUGGAGGAGUUCUAUCGCCUGCGGGGCCUGCAGGUCACGGCUGCCUUGGCAGACACCUCCAGGCUCCCCUUCAAGGUCCGGGAGCUGCACCUGGUGAAGGGUCCUGCUGGCUACGGGUUCCUGCUCAAGGAGGAUGACUGCAGCACGGGAGGAGUAGGCCAGUUCCUGUGGGAUGUGGAUGUGGGGCUGCCAGCAGAGCAGGCAGGGAUGAGGGAAGGGGACCGUGUGCUGGCUGUGAACGGGGAGAGCAUCGAGGGGCUGGACCACGAGCAGACCGUGCACAGGAUCCGUGCCCGGGAGGAUCAGGUGACACUGCUGGUCAUCGACCCCGCUGGGGACGAGUUCUACCACUCGAUCGGGCUGUCCCCCCUGCAGUUCUUUGAGGACAGUGACCCUGCCUCAGGCUCCUGCACGCCCUCCCUGCCCUCUCGAAGUGGCUCCCCUGCGCUCUGUGACGUUGAGGUGGCACCCAAGGGACCUGUGUCCUGGCUGAUGGCUGCUGCCAACAGUCUAGAGAUCAUACAGAGCCAGCGCCAGGAGGAGCACACAAAGCUGUGCCAGGCAUUCUAACAGCCCAGGAGCCUCUGGACAGGCUCUCCCACACAGCACCUCCACCCAGGCCACAUCCAGCCCCUCGGGGCUCAGCACUGCUCAGCAUGGACCCUGCACACGCAGCUCCUGUGUCUCCAUGCCUGGCUCACAGCAUGACACUCCCAGGGACUCAUCUCUGCUCACUCAGGCUGGCUCAGAGCUUUUAUCAACCACAGUGGCAGCUCCUCCUAACCUGACCACAGACCUGUGUCUUUGCCUGCCCAGCUACCUCCAGGGAUUCCUCAGGACAUUGCACUGAAGCCCUUGCCCAGCUCCAGGCUCUGGGAGUUCCCAGGAGAGCUGAGGUGCUGCCCUCUGCACCAUGACCAUGGGGACUUGAGGGCUGGCUCAGAUCUGCACCUGCAUGGACAUCUCUCCUGUGCUCCUCCUCUCCCUGAACCUGUGGGCAGUGAGUGUCCACCACCCAGCACCACCCUGUUCCUGCACCACCUUUUUGGGGGGAUUAAAGGACAAAUCCACA